CUAUCAUCUUUUAUCUAUGAUACAUUUGUUACUCGUCAAAAUGAAUUUAUAUUCCCUCCGUUUUUCAAACAAUAUUAUUUCUUCCAAUUAUUACCUACUCUCAAAAUAACUUCUAUAAGUUAGUAUAGUCAUAAAUAACGCAAUUUACUUUCAAAUAAUAAGAGAAAUGUGGAACUGGAAGUGACAUUUUAAAAAAUUCAUAUUUAUUAUGGUUUGCCUUCUAAAUUCUUUCCUUCAAGUGUGAUGACCCAAGGCUCAUCUUGGGAUUUCCAUACAAGUAUUAUCAUACGAUAUGAGCAACUCUAUCUUGUAACUGUAAUUUUUGUAUGUUAAGAUAUUUGGAUGGAUUCUAGUAGGCCUACCUUGAGAUAUAUGUCACACCACGAAUUGAGCACGAAUAGAAUUCUGCAACCUUUUAACGAUGCAUGAUUUUAAUAUUCCAAAAUCGCUGAAGUUUAGUGCUAUACUUACAGUUGGUGAUCCUGACUAAACAAAAUUUUUUUAUCUAAACAUUCGUAUAAUUCAAACAGACCAGCUAAAGGCAAACACACACAGCAACAGACAGACGUAUUCAGACAGACUAAGAGAAUCAAACGUCUGUAAGAAGGCGUGAGCAGACAUAAUUAUGCAAACAGACGGACAUCUGUGAGCGUUGCAACAUUCGAACACCUUGGGAGGGACUUUCCUCCGGCUGUCUGCACACGUCCGUCUGUUGAUGUGUGCCUUGGCCUCUAGCUGGUGCGUUUGGCUCAAAGGUCAGUUCUUGGUCUACCAUCAAUGAAAAAUUUUGACAAAAAAAUCCAACCGAUGGAAUGAUACACUCUCUCUCUCUACCAUAAGUUGCAUCAUCAAGAACAGCUGAGGAAGUAAGCUGUUUUUUGAUUCAUAAUAAUAUUGAACAUAAUAGUUGUUUUCGAUAAAUAAAAGAUCAAACAUUAUAGUUUUUUUUGUGUUUUGAAGCAAACGUGCUUGGAGUGCCGGUAUGCAUAAUAUCUCUGGCGAACUGUAUACUCUUGAUAUUUCAAGCAACAUGUUCAGUAAUGAUGUACUAGUAUCAUCAAAUGAAGCAAAUAUGCUAAUCUCUGUAAAUAAAAACCCACAUGCCCGUUCAAAAGUUUAUCUUGGUAAAGCAUUAAUAGUGAAACAUUACAAUGCUGAAGAUCUUUAUAUGCACGAUAUUGAUAAAAUCAAGGAUGAAAUCUUACUGCUGAAGCAACUCAAUCACAAAGGCGUUUCAAAUCUUCUUUCAACGUUCGUCAGUGGUACCAACAUUGCAUACGUGAUGCCUUUCAUGGAAUGUGGUUCUUGUCAAGAUCUUGUAGAAAGUGAAUUUCCAACAGGGCUGCCUGAAUGUUGGAUUUUUCUAAUUGUUAAGAACUUGUUGGAGGUUUUAAAUUUUAUUCAUAUGAAUGGGAUCAUUCAUAGAUCUAUUAAAGCUCGCCAUAUUCUUUUAAACCGGUAUGGUGGUGUCAAGUUGACUGGAUUUCGGUACGCUAUCAAGAAACCGUCUGAUAACGGUGGAACCGUCUAUGAGUUUCCAUAUGAUUCGAUUCCCAAUCUGAAGUGGCUCAGUCCUGAAAUUCUUCAACAGAGUGGCAUUGGUUAUACUGAGAAAUCAGAUGUAUACAGCUUAGGGAUGACAAUAUGUGAACUGGCGAAUGGUAUUCCACCUUUUGAGAACUUGGAACCCAAAAAACUUCUACUUCAGAAAAUAUCUGGUGCUAUUCCUCUAAUAUUUGACUCUUCAACUCAUCUUAAGUUUGAAUCUUCUAUCAAGUAUCUCAGUAUACCACCUGAGCAAUUGGAGGUAUAUUCUACUAGAGCCAUUAGUGCUAAUUUACAUUCAUUGAAAAACAAUUGCUGCAUUUCAAACUUUGAUGAGAGACCAACUGUUGAUGAACUCAUGAACAACGAGAUUUUUGUUGAAUCUGAUGAAUUCAGCUUAACUCCAUCCGUUCUGCCUUUGAUUGAAUUUAAGAAAAUGGAGGACAUUGGUGAUGUUGAAUCAUUAGAAUGGAACUUCUAGUGAAGCAUUUCGAUUUACAUUAUUUAUCGUCACGCUGUUUUAAAAUUCAAUUGUUGGUUAAAAAACAAACUAAUUUUUCACCAUCAUAUAUCUGGGUUUUUAUUUCUAAGAAGUAGUUUUUCUAAUAUUUAUGAAUAAAUAAAAUAAAUACACUUGUGUUGUAGUAUUGGUGAUGUUGAGCAGGGUAUCUGUAUUGAAUAAAUCUAAUAGUUAUCACAACCAAUUACUUAUCAUUAUUAAAUAUAAACUAGUUUUAUUACACGUUAACCAUAUUAAAUAGUGAAUCAAUAAUUUAAUUAUUAAUCGUUUUCAAUUAUGAGUUGUUUAAUUUAUUGUUGAUUCUCUAUUAUUG